CCUUUCGAUCCGUUCGCCGACACCGGCCUCGACGACGACGCCGCCCAGACCGACAACUACAUUCACAUCCGCAUUCAGCAGCGCAAUGGCCGCAAGACGCUGACGACGCUGCAGGGCCUGGACGAGAAGCUCGAUCUGAAGAAGAUGCUCAAGUUCUUCAAGAAGGACUUUGCGUGCAACGGCAACAUCGUCAAGGACGAGGAGAUGGGCGAGAUCAUCCAGCUCCAGGGCGACAAGCGCGUUGACCUCCGCGACUUCCUGGUUAACGAGGGAAUCGUCAAGAAGGACUUUGUCAAGGUGCACGGCUUCUAAAGGAUUUAUAGCAGGCGCUCUUCGGCGCCUGUCAUGUAUUUAUUUCACUCCCACCUCAUUCUCUCAAUUUCCUAUAUAAUUCUGA